ACGUUAUCGAUGAAAAUCAAAUACUACAGAAAUCAUCGGUAGAGAAUAAAAUUGUUUAUUGUCAAGAUCUGUCAUACUACUGAAUUGUUGUAUUGUCAGAAUCUGUCAUACUACUGAAUUGUAAGAUUUGUGGUGACCGCGAAUGGCAGUUAACUUAACAUAUUUAUAUUGAGCAGUGUAAUUGCAUCAACAUGUUUAAGCGAAUAGAAACUAACAGAGAAAAUGAGUAUUCUGUGCCAGCUAAACGGCCAAAAUAUGAUACGAAAAAAGUGACUGUGGCUGGUGUUCCUACAAAUAAUAAACAGACAACGAAUAAAAAGUUAGGAAAGUCUGAUGAUGUAUGGGGUGAUGAUUUUUUAGAAGAAGAUAUAGAAGAGAUGGAUUUCGUUGCAACUCAAGCUUGUUUACAGGAAGAAGUUGCUUUAACUCAACCAUAUACAGAACAAAAUGUAUCGUUUAUGCAAAGAUUCAAUAGCCUGCCAUCUACAAGUAAAUGUAUUUCUAAUGGGAAUGUCACAAACAAAACGGCAAAGCCUUCUAUAUAUAUGACACAAUGUAAUAAUCAAAGAAGAGAAGUGGAAAGAACAAUGGAAACAAGCAACAUAGUGUCUGUUGAUUACAAGGACUUUGAAGAUAAAUUAAUAAAUAAACAAGUUUAUAAUUCAACAUUUAAGUUGCAGGAAAAUGUAGUUUUCCCAGAAUCAAAAUACAUACAGGAAUUGGAAAAAUUGAAAUUUGAAAAUAAAAAAUUAUUAAACGAUUUUAUCACCAAAGACGGAGAAGCUGUUUUUUUACGUAAUCAAUUGCAACAGACUCAGUUAAGAGCGAAGACCGAUAAAUUGGAGAAGACCCGAUUUAUCGAGGAACAAGAAAAUCGUCACAGAACAGAAAUGAAUAGCAUUUGCAAAGAAAAAGAACAGUUAAAGACCCAACUUGAAUUACAAACAUUCGAAGUAGGCAAUCUAAUGGAGCGUUGUAAAUUAUUAGAGACUGGAAAUGUUAAAUUAAAAGAACCACAUACUGUAAAUGUAAAUUUUUCUAUGAAUAAAAGCAGAUUUAAUUCACCUAUGAAUAGGACAUCAAUUUCAACAGUGAAAUCAGUGAAAGUAAGGGAAACUUGUAUUCAAGCAACUAUACGUGACAGAAAUAGUUAUUUCCUCAAAACUUGGAGUCCAUAUUAUCCUUUUGCAAACAUUCCCAAGUUAAUAUAUGACACGCCACAGCAAGAGAAAUCCAUAGUCGACAUUCAAGUAAUAGAAAAAACUGGACGAAGAAAUUUGCCAAUUUUGCAGGAAGAAAAUACAUUUCGAAUAUUUGAAAACCCGGAACUGGUGAAACCCGUAACAACCAUGAUAGACGACAAGCGAUUAACGGUGGAAUUUAUUUUACCAGAAAUAGCAGCCCUUCAGCGUAAGACGGACUCUGAGCUUGAGUCAGAAAAUUCGAUAUGGACAAUGAAUAAAUUGGUUUCUACCGCGAGGGAGUUGAUCUUGAACAUGAUCAUUGUUCUCCGGACAAUUUUCCAAGCCAUGAGAAACGACGAUAUUCGCGAUAUGAAUGAUAUUUAUUUUUCUGACCUGUAUUCGAAUUCUGAUCUCAAUGGGAAAUGCGUGUGCGACUCUAAUGCGUGGCACGAGUGCGAGCGUGGUGUCGAGACCAGAAGAGUAUUUGGCGUGAUUUCGUACGUGACCCUCGAAUCGACAUACCUUAGCAAAUACAUCGCCGGAAAAACGCCGUUGCUCACCGAAACGGAUGAAAGUUAUAAAAUUUAUUCACGUCAGAUGGUUCGUUAUAAUAUGUGGCCAGAAAAGGGUCAGGACUUUGAGAUGCUUAAGAUGAUCUUGCAGUUCGUCAUUUUAGUUGGAUCCACGGUAAUCGUAAGAAGAGCCCAUCAAUUUAGCGGUCUUAUGUGUGCAAUCAUGAUGAUUAUAUGUAAUGUCCAUAAAAAAGUUGAAUAUUGUUCUUUGGGGAUGGAUUAUAUUUAUCAGAUAUUUAUAGAAAUAGUGUUUUCAAGACCUUUACCGUAUUGUUAUUCGUUACUCAGUGAUAUGAUGAUGAUAUUUAUAAAGACUGUGACGUAUUUGAAAAAGCUUUGUGUUAAUUCGCAGUCGAUGGCGGUAAACAAUUGGAAAGGCUCGCUACAUUUUACACCAGAUGCUUGCCCAUUACAAAUUUUCUUGGCACAGAUGGAGAACCACCGUUUCGACACAAUAGUUGCCGUAGAUAUUACAAACGCGUUGUUACAGUUCGUACAACACAUAUUGCAAACGGAUGUGAUUCCCAUAAGGUCCGAGACCUUGGUGUCUUGUAACUGUUGCAUGAAGUUGCUACGAUUCACCAUCAAAGCUCUGUCUAAGUGCGCAGAGGUGAAUCUGAGCGCCAUUGGCGACUUCGAUACGGAGCAUUUUCCUUUGAAACAGAAGGACUAUUGUCACUUUAAGAGCAUUUGUUUGAAACAUUCAACCUUGCCCGUACGAACAAACAGAAAGUGCAUACGCGAGAUUUAUCAAGAUCAAUUUUCAGACGUAAAUACUUUGGCAAUAGUGAAGAGGAGACAGAUGAAGAUACUGAAGGACGGGAUUCGAUUUCUCGCUCAUCUGGCUAUAUGCGAUCCCGAUUUUGUUAUACGAUUGUCAGAUAUCGAAGACUCCUUUCAUCUGUUUAUGAGGAACAUAAGUAAUUUCGACGACUUUGUCCUCCACGAGAAUGAACAAGAGGCUAUGAAUCGAAUAAAGCAAACGUUCAUAUUCGAAAAAACAUCGCAAUCCGAGAUUGAUGGUUUCAAUAGGAGCAAUACAAAGCAACUGGACAUAUUGUCGAAUUUUGAAAAGAGAUCUAUUCAGCCAGCUUCCACAAGCCCUAAGAGGAAAGACAUUCAUAAUAAAUUUUUGACCACUAUCAAAUCCCUGUAUGAACAGUAA